AUGAACUCGGGACGCCAGCCCCGGACACCCUUCAGCAUCGCAGACAUCCUAGGCCCGCGACUGGUCCCCCGUGCACCUUCCGUGGCGCAGCCUCCAGAGUCAGGCCCGGGUCCCGCGUCGCCGCUGUGCGCGCUGGAGGAGCUGACUAGUAAAACUUUCCGCGGACUUGACGGGCGCGCCCCGCAGCCCCUCGAAGGCAGGGCUGCCCCGGAUGCACUGGGAUCUCGGCUCGCCGGCCGAAAACGGCGCAAGUCACGCACAGCGUUCACCACGCAGCAGGUGCUGGAGUUGGAGCGGCGCUUUGUCUUCCAGAAGUACUUGGCACCGUCAGAACGCGACGGGCUGGCUGCGCGCCUCGGCCUGGCCAACGCGCAGGUCGUCACUUGGUUCCAGAACCGGCGUGCCAAGCUGAAGCGCGACGUGGAGGAGAUGCGCGCCGACGUGGCCUCCCUCCGCGCCUUGUCGCCGGAAGUCCUGUGCUGCCUAGCGCUGCCGGAUGGCGCUCCCCGCCCUGGCGCCGCUGGGCCUGACUCCAGGCCCGACUCCGGGCCCCACCUGUCCGAGGAAGAGAUCCAGGUGGAUGAUUAA